ACCGUCGACGUCCGCGCUUUUAUCGCUGGCGGCACGCAAUGGAGUCGAGCAAGCUCACUGAACGGGCAGCCGGCGUGGGAUCCGCGGUGGCGAUAUGGCAGCGCGUGUUGUGGAGGUGAAAGGGAGCAUCAUGUCUGCCCUGCGUAGGUUAGUAGACGCCCUCGUGGACGGUGCCUUCCGCGUGGCAAACUUGCGAAAAUCUCCCCGGCUGCCACCCAUCAAGGAUCCCCUUCUGCUUCAGCCCGCUGUGGCGUUGGCCGCUAAAAUUGGGCGAGGAGAGGUGAAAAGCGUGGACGUUGUUCGUGCCUUCAUAUCUCGUAUGAAAGAAGUCGACCCACUACUCAAUGCUAUCGUGGACGAACGCUUCGAGGAGGCACUCCUGGAGGCCCGUACGGUGGACAGUCUGGUGGAGGCUACACCCGUCGAAGACCGACCGGCGCUGGUCCAGAGGCAGCCUUUCUUAGGCGUUCCUUUUACCACGAAAGACCUUGUGGGAGUCAAAGGCCUCCUCCUGGACGUCGGAGUUCCUGGAAGGCGCGGUGUCCGUGCUGAAGAAGACGCAGGUGCUGUGGCCGCCCUGCGUCGUGCCGGUGCGCUUCCUCUCGCUCUGACCAACGUCUCCGAGAUGGCCAUGUGGUGGGAAUCUUACAACAAGCUGCACGGUCGCACACGUAACCCGUACGACCUGCGGAGGAUACCGGGAGGCUCGAGCGGUGGGGAAGGCAGUCUGUUGGCGUCCGGCGGCUCCGUGAUAGGCGUUGGAACGGACAUCGGAGGCUCCAUACGAAUGCCUGCUUUCUUCAACGGUAUCUUUGGCCACAAACCGUCCCCGGGCAUCGUGAGCAACUCUGGCCACUUUCCCGUCAUCGUAGACAUUCAGGCGGAAUUCCUGGGCACGGGGCCCAUGUGCCGCUACGCGGAGGACCUGCUGCCCAUGAUGAUGGCGCUCGCGGGAGAAGAUAAUGCUAAGCGAGUCCUGAGGCUGGACCAACCGGUGAAUCUCCAAUCAAUACGCAUGCAUUACAUCAUUGAAGCGGGAAAAUGCUUCAUGAUGUCUCCGGUUCAUCGAGAUGUUCGAAAGGCGUUAACAGAUGUUGUGGAGCAUUUCCGACAACAGCUGGGCAUCGAGACCAGCGAAGCCAGGCUGGACUCUUUGCGAUACUCCUUCGAAAUGUGGAACAGCAUGAUGACCUCCGGGGAGUGUCCCACCUUCGGCGAAAUCUUGGACAGAUGCGGCAGCCACAUAGGGCCAGCCAAGGAGCUCGUGAAAUGGUUCAGCAGCAUGUCGGAACACACCUUCGCGGCUAUCGCCCUCGUCAUCGGCGAGAAACUGAACCCUGGAAAAUCGACGAACGUUGCGCGAAGAUUCUGUCAAAUGGCCUCCGACCUCCAGGAGCAGCUCCAGGAGCUCCUGGGCAACGAUGGUGUCUUGCUGAUGCCGACGCACCCUGAGCCAGCGCCGUAUCAUAGCGCCCCCACGUUCAGAGCGUUUAAUUUUGCCUAUACGGGGGUGUUUAACAUCCUCCGAGUGCCCGUGACGGCUUGUCCCGUGAGACUUGGGGCUACGACGGGUCUUCCGGUCGGAAUCCAGGUGGUGGCGACCAGACACAACGACCGUCUAUGUCUGGCGGUUGCUCGGGAGAUUGAGAAAGCGUUCGGAGGUUGGAGAGAACCUUGCCUUCUAGAAGAUGGUUACGCCGUACUCUAAACUGGCGUGCGUCAACAUUCGUUUUCAACCGAUGGUAUACAUAUAACUUCUUGGUCGGAUGCGUACGCGAAAUCGUCGUGUAGGUGCUGCAGGCAGACCUACAGGAGACCUUGUAGCACGCAUGGUUACCAUUUUGAUAUCUGCUUAAUCCCCACAGCAGACCGCUUUUGUGGACCUGUGCACUUUUCUCGAAUGAGUGACAUCUUUACAGUGAGCGACAGUUUUCCUUUUCCUUUUCUUUUUUUUUGUCGUGUUCGUAAAUCACCGUACAUUGACAAGGGAGCACGUACUAGCCACGUAUGCAGCUCCUUCAUAUCAUUUUUUGAUGCACGCUCUUGCUCCUCAUUUAAUGUGUACGUUUGCAGCUACAAGUUAUUACGUCCAUGUUCCCUUAUAUAGGAACAUAAACAAACGUGCGGCCAGUUUUGUACACCCGUGUUGAGAUGCUACGUGAUACUGUCUGAAAUUCACGUGUCACUGACACGGCUUAUUUUUGUAUCCCAAAAUUUUCCCGAAAUGUCUCUAAACUAUGCAAGUCAUAGGUAUACUGGUGCACUUCGAGUUUUUAGUUAUGUACAUAGGGCUUUUUUUUUUUUUUUUAUGCGAGUGAGUGAGUCGUAUGCUUGCUUCUUUUACUCAGGAAGCGUUCAAUCAUACUUUGAAUGAGAAGCAUGUAAAUAUGCCUCGUGUUCUUGUAUACAUGAUGCUCACAACAGAUUUUAACGCGCACAUUUGUUACGAAUAAAGUUGUUGCAGAUCUUA